AUGGCCUUCAGCGUUUCCAAUAUCUCGAAUGCAUCCAUAUCAAGUUACUCUCGUUCAUACCAGCAUUCGCACACCAGACGUAGUCUCCAGCUUUCCAUAACAGUGAUAAGGCUCGUUCUAAUCGCCGUGCUGGUUGGCGUUUGUGCCGCUUCCCCCGUCGCCCGGGCCUCUGGCGAUGCCAGCAGUAUUCCGAAACAAUCCCAAACGUCCUUUGGUGACAGAAUCCUUAAGCAUUUCAAUGUAGGUCCUAAAGAGGUGGUGGUCGGAUACGCGUGGGUGAAAGCAGGAGCGACAACAAGAGUGUCUCCCAAGGAGAUCCUUGAAGUCGAGAUCUCCGACGUGGAAAGUUGGGCAGGCUCUCAUGCCGCAGACUCUGAUACUGGAUCGUCGAAAGAACCGGGUCAGAAUGCAGCUCGGAAAGCACUCGAAAGACUGGAAAUUUUACUCAAGUCACUAGAAAAAAUCAAUACCAUAAAAUACAACUAUUUUUUCCCAAGCCCCAAUUACUUCGAUGACCUUGUUCCCCUUGGUAAAGGAUGGGCUCAACUUAGGAAAUUGAAUAAACUCGACAUGGUGUACAUCCCCGAAACCGUCGAUACGAAACACAAGAUGAUCAAAAAGCAUAUCGAGAGUCACAAAGACAAAAAAGCAAAACUCUCAGCAGUCACCGUCCUUGCUGAACUAGGUGGAGGACACUACGUACUUCUCGUUCCAUCUUCGGGAAAAUUCAGAUUUGAAGUGUCCUUUGAGGUCAAGGCAACGGACCUACCUGCUGCUCGUUGGGAGGCUCUGGACGGGGUGAAGAAACAACAGAAGUUGCAGCGUGGCAUUCCCAAACAGUUCUUUUGA